CUUCAUGAGAACCAGAUUAUCAAAAUGGAGUACAGAGGAGUCGGUCGAUUCCCUGGGAAUGUACCCAGAUUCCGCUACCCUCGCCCGGGAGGCCCCAUGCCACGCCCACCCAGGGCAUUAUUAUCCAUGCCACCAAGAGCCAGAUUUGAGCCACCAAGGCCUAUACGAUCUCGGUUUUAUACUCCAAGAGGUAGCAUUCAUAUGUCAUUCCGUGGUUUCAAAGCGACUCCAAUGGUUCCUCGCAGCCAAGCCCAGGAAUCCGAAAAUAAACCAGGCAAAACAUCUUUAACGACAAAUUUGAAAGGGGCUAAUGAUGAUUCCACUAUCCCAAAGCAAAUAGAUUCCCAUGCAGAGACUUCUAAAUCAUCAGACAUGUCAAACACAGGCAAUUCAAAUGGACAAUCUGGGAACCAAGGAGGUGAGGACUUACAUCACAGAGACAGAGCUAGUCAAGAUCCCCAUAGUGAUAAAACAUCUAAUGAGGGAGUAAAUAUGAAAGAUAUGAACAAACCAGUCAAUCAGGAUGCAUAUUUUGAAGAGACAGCCAACCAGGAUUCAUAUUCUCACAGCACAGCCAAUCAGGAUUCAUAUUCACAUGACACAGCCUAUAAGGAUUCAUAUUCUCACAGCACAGCCAAUAAGGAUUCAUAUUCACAUGACACAGCCAAUCAGGAUUCAUAUUCUCACAGCACAGCCAAUAAGGAUUCAUAUUCUCACAGCACAGCCAAUCAGGAUUCAUAUUCACAUGACACAGCCAAUAAGGAUUCAUAUUCUCACAGCACAGCCAAUCGGGAUUCAUAUUCAAAGCAAAUUCCCCAUCAGGAGUCAAACCAGGAUUCCUACCCUUGUAACCAAGAGAAUACAGGCCCAGAUCAUGGGAAUAAAAAGACAGAGGGGGGAGGGGAUAAAGAGGAGGCAGAUUCUGAUGAUGAGAACACAGGCUUUUGCCAAUUCUGUAGCAUGUCUUUUGCCAGUGAUGAGGCCUACGGGAAGCACACACGAGGCUUGCUUCACACGCAGAAAGUAAUGGAGGCAGAGACAGUCAAGGAAGAUCGGGUACCAGAAAUUAAAGAUCUCGCAGUACCAGAUACUGCUGGUUCUGCCAAAAUGGAAAACAAAGCUUCAGAGAAAGAUCUUCAAUAUAUCAAACAAACAGGAUUUAAUACCCAGGGGAACAGAGGCAGAGGGGGUUAUCAUUCACCUACUAAAGACUUCAGCAGAGGUCAAAGUGAGCAAGGUUAUAGCCAAGGACAUAACGUCAGAGGAACUUCAGGACGAGGGAGAGGUCAGGGUUUCAAUAGAUAUGGUAAGAACUUUAGUGAUUAUAAUAUGACAGCUAUUGGUCAAAGAUCCCUGCAGGAACAGGAAGGAGAGGGGUAUUCUGGGUAUGGAGAAAAUGAUGAAUACCAGGAUUAUGGAGGUCAAGAGUGUUGUGAAAACUACGAAGAGGGUGAGGAUUAUGGGGAUUACGGCGGCAGUGGUGACUAUAACAACAGUCAACAAGAACAGAAUACAGACGGGCCAGAGGAAGAAGAAUACAGUUUUAACAGCAGUAACUGGAUGGAUAUAGACAAGACUCCGGAAAAGAUUCCUGUUAGUGAGAGGGACCUGGAUCCAGACACGCUAGGAAAGCCACAGUUCCCCAAUGAUUUCUACUGCAAGGCUUGUGACGUCCGGUGUACCAGUCAGAAAAACUUUGAGAUGCAUGUGGAAGGAACAAAACAUAAAAUGAAAACUAUACUUGGAAAGGGAGAGUCGGGCGAUGGAAAGGAAGAUAAUAAAAAGAAAAAAAUGGUAGUGGAAUGUUCCAAUCGUCCGUCGAAAGUGGAACACAUCAUCAGGAAGUCGGAUCUGCCCAUUGUUGGUUUACAGUAUGUGACGGAGUUCCAGAAAGCCGAUUCGACGGCCAGGCCGAGUUACGUGUGUAAUCUGUGUGAAUCCAAAUGCGACAUGAACACUGUCCUCUCUCAUGCUACAGGCUUCAAACAUCGUCUCAAUUAUUUUAGGGAACACCAUAAAGAUAUUUAUGAGCACAUGGCAUUGAACUCAUCAAAGAAGAAGUCGGAGCAGAAUGCCUCAGCAGAGGAGUUCGCUGCUGAUUGUAUGAAGAAAGAUGGUCAGGGGAAAAUCCGGGUUAAACUGGAGAUUGACUCAGCAACAGAGGCCGUGGCUGCAAACCUUCUCAGUCAGUCCGGGAUCAAGAUGGACACUUUCAUAUCAGACCUGAAAACGAAGCCCGGGCCACCUCUGCCAGAGAAGAAACCGAGAAUGACUCCUGUCCCCAACAGACAAGAGAAUUUUGGCCCCAGCUAUGACAGAGGAUACAACAAAAGACCAUCUGACAACCAAUACGACUUCUCAUCAAAACAUCCCAGGGGGCCGGGUACCAGUGAGUGCUAUGGAGAUACUGUCAGCCACACAGAUGUGUUUGAUUACAACCACAGGGGCAUACAGAGAGGAUACCCUGGUGGGGAGGACCAGUUUAGCCCUUACCAUGCCACUCAGAGACCCCGGCAGAUGGGAUACACUUCAGACAUGAGACCCCCCAACAUUGAUGUCGCCAAGGAGGCGGAGUCAGAAGAGGAGGACAAAGAUCUCUUCAAAGAAUUCCUGGAAUGGAAGAGACAGCAGAAGAGAAAAGCCAGUCAAAAUUCCCAUCAAGUUGAAACACGGCAUCCUGUUCAUCCUGUUCAACCGAGUGUUCAACCGAGUAUUCAACCAAGUGUUACAGAAAAGAAAACAGUGGAGGAAGCUAACCCGCCAGAUGCCCCUGGAAAUACAACCACCGAGAUGCUGUUUGCCCUGUCCCAGACUAUGAUUAAUACAGAGGAGGAUGCUGCCAUGGCCCUACAAGUGUCUAAUGCACUGACACAGGCCCUAUUACAGUACAGACUGAAAAAUGUUCCAAAAGAGUUAACAUCUGGUCUCUCAAGCUCUGGAGGACAAACAGCAGUGCAAACCAAGAGUUCUGAUUCAAAGAAAUUGUGUGCAGCUUCAACAUCAACCAGGUCUGUAAGCAAGUCCACACCCCCGCCAGUCCAAACCAUGUCCCUGCAUGGAUCUGCUCCAUCUUCCACGUCCUACGUUCAGGGUGUUCCUUCCACAAUGCCCGUGAUCAGCGAAAUGAUGCCAAGCAUACCAUAUACUAGCACCGUGCCAACAGGAGUACCGCCUGUGACAGAUCCGCUAUCUCAACACAUGAAUCCUGUAAAUCCAGAGUAUCCUAUGUCCUCAACACAGUAUCCGGGGGCGAUUUCCACGACACAGUAUCCGGGGGCAAUUUCCACGGCACAAUAUCCAGGGGCAAUUUCUAAUACACAGUAUCAGGGGGCGAUUUCCAUGACACAAUAUCCGGGGACCAUUUCCACGACACAAUAUUCGGGGGCCAUUUCCACUACGCAAUAUCCAGGGGCCAUUUCUACUUCACAAUAUCCAGAAUAUACUUACUAUGGUGGACAGUACCAGCCUCCAGUUCCUGAGGGGUACCAGUGGGGGUUUAAUACCAUGACCCAAGGGGAACCUCCUCCUCCUCCACUGCCACCAAGUGAAGACUUACCUCAGCCUCCACCAGAAAAUCAAAAGUACUAAAAAUAUGAAAUAUUUCAGAUUGGAAUAUUCCUCCAGCGCAGCAAGUGGGUUUUAUGUGAUACACAAAAACAGAAUGUUUGCAUUAAUUCACAAGAUGAGAUGAUUGUAAAUAUAAAUUUGGCGCACGAUGCUGUGUCAAGUAAUGGUAAUAUUAGAAGUGAAUGGGAUAUGUGCAUUUUACUGGUAAUUUGAACUUUUGUUUUGUUAGAAAAUAUUUUUAUAUAAAGGUUAACAUUUUCUAAGAGAAAAUGUGUAACUUUUCUCGUAACAUUUUGCAUGACUGUACAGUAAUAUUUUUCAUCACACAUUUUACAGGACCUGGUGUAAAAUUACAUGGGAACUUUUUAUGUCUUUUCAUGCCAUUUUAUGAAUUUAGAAUGUACAUAAUGAAUAUUUUAUCUGAAAAUAAAUGUUUAAUGUUAAA